AGCCCGGGUAAGCCCGGGUUCAGCAUAGGGCUACCAACCCUACCCCGCAAAAAGAAUCUAACCACCGAAGAAACUUCAAAGCACAAACGAUAUAUAAAAAAUAAAAACAAACUUAUUCCUCGCUGGAAUCGGAGAGGCGAAAUGACGCCAGUUGGUGAAAGCCUGCCUUCGGGAAGCCAAUUGGCCGAUGUGUCUUCUCUCCCUAGAUGAAAGCGAAAGUAAACGUGGGGACAUGGAAUGUCCGCACGAUGUUUGAACCCAGCUGGCAAGGCAGCCCAGAUUGCAAACGAGAUGAGAAGGUAUCACAUUGAAGUGCUUGGAAUUUGCGAAAGCAGAUGGAAUGGGAGUGGACUCUCCAAACUGUCAACUGGAGAAUCAAUAAUCUACUCCGAUAUUGUCACCCAGAUGACAACCACGAGCACACUGAGUUAUGGAGUGGCUAUCAUGAUGUCCCCAACAGCAUCGAAGGCUCUCAUGCAGUGGGAACCAAUCUCCUCCUGCAGGAUCAUGACAGCAAGGUUCAACUCAAAAUGAAGGAAGGUCACAAUCAUACAACGCUACGCCACACACCUACAAAUAAUGCAGAGCAAGAGAAGAAGGAGGAAUUCUACAGACAACUUCAAUCAACACUGGACAAGACGUCAGUUGGCGAUAUCAAAAUUCUAAUGGGCGACAUGAAUGCCAAACUGGGAGCAGAAAACACAGGAAGAGAACUAACCAUGAGUCGAGAAGCGCUCGGUGAGGUGAUGAACGAGAAUGGAGAAUUGUUUGCAGAAUUCUGUGCAUUCAACGAUUUGGUGAUUGGAGUCAUGCAGUGUGUUCAAGCACAAGGAUAUCCACAAAGUGAGCGACAUGGAUUUCACCAGAUGGAUACACUAAAAAUCAAAUCGACUUUAUCUCAAUCUCAAGAAAAUGGAGACGCAGUCUACUUGACACAAGGUCAAGAAGAGGAGCAGAUGUAGGGUCACACCACUCACUAUCUAGUGCAAGGAACCUUCCAAAUCAAGUUAAAAGCCUUCAAGGAAGCUGGUGAUAGACUGCGGUUCAGGUGCAACACUCGGAAACUGAAGGAUGAAACUACAAAGGAAAUCUUCACGUCAG